AUGUCAACACUCGAACCAUCCCAAGAUGACAAUAGGGGAGCCUCCCCCGAACCCCCCCAACCCCUGCAACAUCACCAUCAGAACAUAGCAGAAGAUCUCACACUGCAAGUCGACUUUUCCUGGCGACGAUUCAAAAGCCUCAUCACCAACAAAGACGACCCGCAAGCAUCAUCCCCCAUCUACAUCGUCCAUCACAAAGUCACCAAACCGCAUCUCACCUUCAAGUCGGCCGCAGACAACACGGCUUUUGCCACAGGCAGUCUCCACACUUUCUCCAUCGAUGCCGAAUGCGAGAUUCGCGGGCGCUCCACCACCCUCAAGGCACUCAAGCGCUUCAAGACAGAAUACAUGUACCGCUCACACACCUUCGCCACCAACGGCGGCGCUGAGCCCGCGUGCUUGACCUGGACCGGCUCCUGCGGCCUCAAGACCUGGGAUUAUAUCUGCCUCGACGAGAAGCAGAUGCCCGUGGCGAAGUUUUCGGCAAAUAUCUGGGCGGUCAAGAAGAUCGGGACCAUCACUUUUCUGGGAUCGAAUAUCCCUGGCGUCCGCGACACGGGCGCCGUCAGCGACGCGGUGAGGGAGGAGAUUGUCGUUACGGCGCUGACGCUGUUCUAUUGCAUGGUGCUCCGGACUAAUAGUGUCCUUUCGUUGUUUGGCGCUGUAUUCUCGCGGCCUGGUCAUGAUGAGAGGGGGGAGGAGGGGAAGGAGGGUGGAAAGUCGAAGGUGGCUGAUUCGGAGUAA